AUGUAUGCUUGGGACUCUGCUACUGCCAUCUCUAGAGGAGGCAAUGUGCUGAAGGCUGAUGAUGCACAGACCAAGCAGGAGCUUCAACUGGCCUUCCGUGAGGUUGUUGAGGCUGAUGAUGCACAGACCAAGCAGGAGCUUCAACUGGCCUUCCAUGAGGUUGUUGAGGCUGAUGAUGCACAGACCAAGCAGGAGCUUCAACUGGCCUUCCAUGAGGUUGUUGAGGCUGAUGAUGCACAGACCAAGCAGGAGCUUCAACUGGCCUUCCAUGAGGUUGUUGAGGCUGAUGAUGCACAGACCAAGCAGGAGCUUCAACUGGCCUUCCAUGAGGUUGUUGAGGCUGAUGAUGCACAGACCAAGCAGGAGCUUCAACUGGCCUUCCAUGAGGUUGUUGAGGCUGAUGCCUAUUUUGGUCUAUCAUUCAACUUAAAACAAAAACGGAGGUCAUGCUUCGGAAGUCCUCAAAAUGUUCGCUACCUGAUCCUAUCAAGACAUUGA